UCGUGCGUAAAUCCAUCCUUCGUUGUCGGUUGUCACAUUUUAUCUCUAUUCGCAUACACUAAGUUUGUAUAUUCCGUACCCCCGCUAUCGCCAUUCCCACAAUCACAGGACAUCAUCACGCGAGAGGCCCCAUCAAAGAUAUUACAUCUACAGCGGCCUCCUGUAUCGGGCCGCAUUAUCCUCUCCCGAUUAGCCAAGCGUCUAUCAGCAAUUCAUCACCAUGAGUUCUUCCACAUCUAUUUCUUCAACUUCCUCAUCCUCCCAAUCUGCGUUAUUUCCUACCAGUGCCACAUCAUCCUACUCGGCCCUGUUUCCCACAAGUACAGCAUCCACAAAUUCAGGAGACGGCGAUGGGGACAAGAAUAGCACGAAUGUUUAUUACCUUGUCUUCCUCGGCGUUCUAGUUGUCCUAAUGCUCAUAGCAUUGUGCUUGGCCGUUCGAGCUAUGCGCAUGCGCCGCCGUUACCGUCGGGCAACGCGUGUGGCUCUUGCGAGAGGCGAGACUGUACCAGAUACGAUACGGGAAGACUUCUGGGGCUUAGGGGGACUAGCAGGGUGGACAUCGGAUGGUUGGGAUCGGUUUGGGGCCGUCAGGCCAGGAGAACAAGCGAAAAAGGAGAAAAAGUGGGACAAGAUGCCGGUAUUGGUGGAAGCCGAAGCUAUGAAGGAGGCGAAACUUGGUACAGGCGACCUAUGGGACGAAAUCAGACCAUUGACCGUGCAAUCUGCGCGACUGCUACAUGAGCUGCCGUCCUUCACUGAUUCUCUAGCAAACUUUCAGUCUCGCCAUCCAACGCAAGAUGUCCCUCCACGUUUACGCCAACCAACACUGUUCAGCCGAAAUCGCAACACAUUAUUCAGCGACACAACAGUGCCGUCUAGGCGGGCAAGAAAAAAGCCAGAAGAUUUAGAAUUAAAUCGGACUAUCGAAGCAGGGGAAGCGCUGAGGAUCGCUGUCGUUGUUCAGAUGCCAACAUUUAGCGUCGAUGGGCAGCGCUAUAGACAAGGCGAUAAUGACGAGGAAGUCGCAUGGGAAAGCGGAAUGGAGCUAGGUCUGUGGGAAGGGGUCGUGGAACCCCACUGUAAUGCUGGACGGCAUUCGCCAGAUCCCGGUCAAUCCUUUCAAAAUGGAACUGAAGAGGAGGAGUGGAGAGGGCUAGCAAGAAGAAGAUCUGAAGAAUCUUAUGAGGAUGGCGAUAUUGCCCUCUACCGAUAGAGAACUGUAGCGAUUAUUGGAUUACGAUGUAAUGGUAUUGUAGAUUGCCACUCUAUAGAAUUCCUUUCCUAUAAAUACUGUUUCAGGUUGCAACGACAUCAUUGUCAAUGGGUUGGACUUGUCUAGGAUAUCAGAGACCUCGUUCAUCCGUUACUCUCCGUUGAUGAUCAGUUGUGUCACUUCUUGUGUCGCAGUUAUGCUGCAAUUACCAUUAUGCGCGCCAAUUAUGCCGCCUGCUAUUCUAAUCAAUGGAAACUGAGCACUAACGUAUAUGCUUGUCCUCCCCCUGCAUCCCUUGUCACCUAUGAGUAUUUCGUUAUUCAUCUCGUCUUGUGCUGGGAAGAUCACAGAGUUUCUUCGGCCUAGAAACAGGUCAGCCAGAUGAUGGAUCAUUAAUCACUAGAGUACUCUCAGUUGCCCAACAGUACAGUAUAGAGCAUCUUUCAUUAAUAUGCACCACAAGCAUGUGGCAGGGAAUGGUUGGUGGCCUAACAACCGAUUUUAAAUUACCGCUGUAGGAAUUGUUGGUGAUGUAUACGAGCU